CUGCCCCUUAACGAAGGAGCGCCUGCACCGCUUCCGUCUGAGGACCAUACUCCCUCUCCGAAAGUUGCUGCUCUUGUUGAAGAGAUAGCCAAUCUGAGUUUGCUUGAUGUGGCAGACCUUAAUCGUGCACUGAAGAAACGUCUCAAUAUCGCUGAUCAACCGAUGAUGCACCCUGGUAUGAUGAUGGCUGCUCAGGCACCAGCGGCAGCUUCCACAGAAGCAGCCAGUUCAUCGGAGCCUGACGUGCCACAGAAAAUGACGUUUAGCGUGAAGCUAACCAAGUUUGACGAUGCCAAAAAGAUUGCUCUUAUCAAGGAAAUCCGCACAGCUAUUUCUGGUCUCAACCUCGUGCAAGCGAAGAAGUUCGUUGAAACAGCGCCGGUAGUGGUUAAAGAAGACAUGGGGAAGGCGGAAGCUGAGGAGUUGAAAGCUACACUUGAGAAGGCAGGCGCGACUGUUGAAAUAGUUUAA